AGAAGUAAAUCACCACCAAUUAUCUGAACUAUAAUCCGGAAUAAUUGCAGUUUUGUACACAGAAGAAAUCACAUGGCAGGCUGGCUUCCCAACGCCGUGGCUGCUGAGCGGAUCCUGUGACCUCCCGACGGUCUGUUCAAGAUGGCCGCUUGAGUGGAGCACUUACACAUCUCUAAUAAAACUAAUCCAACUAGCUAGCUUCCCAAGCAACUUCAACCGCCUUCUCAGAGGAUGACACGACGACACGGGCGACGUUUGUUCCUCUUUUAAACCUGGAGAUGAGCGUACUCGUUGAGGACGACGUCGUAGUUAUGGAAUAAAAACAGUGCUGCUCUACCAAGAGUUCCUAUCUUUCCGAGGUCCAAAACGAAGCCAUAUCAGAUAAAUCACCUCACUCAACACAACGGCGACAACAAAUACACAGCUGGUCCAGAAUUGGAGGGGGUUAAGGGCCCUUUGUUUUAUCCCAGCAUGGACAGCUUCUUCAAGGCAGCUGUAUGUGAUCUGGACAAACUGCUUGAUGACUUUGAGCUCAAUACUGAGGAACUUGAAUGCAAAUCUGUUUUCCUGAAGCCUUCUGUGUACCCCUUCUCCUCACUGGGCUCUCAGUGUUUAUCCUCAGAGGCGUCCACUGUCCCACCAAACCUCCCUGACCUUAAUUCUCUUCAUUAUGGUUCUGCCACCAGCUGUCCUGACCGCUCUAGCAAUCAAAACUGCAGCACUGAUAACAGAGAGGUCAAAGGUCAGCCUCUCACUGCAGUGGACCUUCUCUCCUCUGUGGAUCGCAGGCCAGCUAAAAGCUCUGCUCCUCCGUGCCCGGAUAGAGCUCUGAAGCCAGUGUGUGAUCUUGUGAAUGACACAAGCUCAGCCAUCCUGGUCAGGGCCAACAGCCACGAUGCUUUCAGUGAGCUGGAUAUGGUUGAAAAGCAAAUGGAGGAGGAGGAGACGCUGCUUGUGGACUUUGACAGCCCUGUGGCCACUGUACAUGCAGAGGAGCAAGGACGACCAAGCCAAACUGCUGGCUGUAGAGACACCAAGGAAGAGCAGGCCUCUGCAGGGAAAGACGAGCUGCUGGGUUUGGAUUCCCAUGAGCAGAGCAGUGAAUACUCUGCCUCACUCAGUCGGCUGGACGUCAUUCUCCCUGCUGCAGUGGAGAGAGGCUGUGAGUCCACAGAUGAUUCACUGUCGCCAAGGACCACUGAGUCAGCUGACAAAGAGGAGAGGGACUGUGAGGAGGCGGCAUGCACAAACCAAGUGGUCGAUAACUCCUUAGACCACUGUGAACCGGAGGACACUCUGCCUGUUGAUAGCAUUAAAGAAACAACAACAACAACCUCAGUGAAUAAAGAGGAUGAGUCACAAGAGGCCUCGGAUAAAGGUGUGGCCGAGUCUCCUCCUGUAGGUCUAAAGCCAGGGGCCUCAGACAGCGAACAGGUGGGCUUAUCAUGCCUGCCCAUAGCUGUGUCCAUGUGUGGAGCUCUGGUGAAGCCACAGACCACAGAAGAUGAGUCUGAGGAAGCUACAGAGCAGUGUGGUGAGGCAGACGUCUCUGAGAGCGCAGAGGCAGACUCCCUGUCAGCCUUGGAAGCCAGUGAGGACAGGUCCCGUUUAGAGGAACCUGUUGACUCGUCAGUGUCUGUGUCCCAGCAGAUUGCAGGGGGCAGGGUGUCACCAGAGGGGCAGCAUGUCUCUCUAGAACCUGCUGCUGCUGUCCUUUCUGCAGACCUCGCUUCCUGUGAUAGCUCAGAACCCAGCCCAGUUGAUCCUCCGGAGUUUGGCUUUGAAUAUCUGCCCGAGAGUGACCAGGCUGAGCUGCUGGUUACAGACGAGGAGUUAGAUGCAUUCCUGCAGGCGCAUACAGAAGCAGAGCAGGGUGGAGGUGUCUCUUAUUGCAGCAGUUCUGGAGAUUUUACUCAACCUGAGAGUCUCUCAGAAUCAAACGGAGAUCUGGAGGGCAGGCUUGUGGAAGAGGAGCUGAGGAGCUGUGGUCGAGGUAGACGGGAGGAUCUGGAGGGUCUGGCUUUUCCAGAAAGUGACAGAACAAUGUGUGUGUCAGUAGAGGGACGUUUUAACCCUGGUGCUCCAGCGAUAUUGCAGGACUCUUGCAGACCUUGCCCAGAAGAGCCAGAACCCUCCUCUGGGGAAAGCCAUUCUUUGACCAGCAACACUUUCCAGUCCCAGCAGAGCAGUAGCCCUGAUCAGCAGCCCUCCUAUGGAGGUGCAAGACCUAAACAGCUACACUGCCAAACUGCUAGUUCUCCACCAGCAGGGGAGGAAGGAGAGGAGCCGGAUCAGACGCUUAGUGGUUCUACAAAAGGGCCAAGUACAGCAGAGGAUGAAGAGAGUUCACCCACAAGCCCCAGUCUUACAGAGGAGCAUUCCAACAUUAGGGAUUUGAGCCCUAUGUAUGCCACUCAGGAGCAUCAGGAUUACAAUGUGGGGUAUGAUGAACUCUCAGAGCCCCCACCUUACCCUGGGGAGCCACCCACAGAUGGUGCCAGGUCGGUGAAUUGGAAGAGAGAGGGAGUGGAGGAGCUGGGGAGCAGACAGCCUGCUUGGGUGCCAGACUCAGAAGCUCCCAACUGUAUGAACUGCUACCAGAGGUUCACUUUCACCAAGAGGCGGCAUCACUGUCGAGCCUGCGGAAAGGUUUACUGUGCUGUGUGCUGCAACAGGAAGUGUAAGCUGAGGUACCUGGAGAAAGAGGCUCGUGUGUGCGUCAUCUGCUUUGAUACCAUACACAGAGCUCAGGCCCUGGAGCGGAUGAUGAGUCCUGCGGGUCCCAGUCCGAACCCCAAUGUCCCAUCUGAGUACUGCAGCACCAUCCCCCCUUUGCAGCAGGCUCGUGCCGCUGGCACUCUAAACUCUCCUCCACCGACCGUCAUGGUGCCUGUGUCCGUCCUCAAACAACCAAACAACGACAGUUGUCCUCGUGAACAGAAGCGUGUGUGGUUUGCUGAUGGCAUCUUGCCCAACGGGGAGGUGGCAGACACAACCAAACUGUCAGUGACGAGCCGCAGGAGCUCCCAGGAGUUCAGUGGCGUCACUCCAGACCAAACAGCACCUGGCUCAGCAGCGUCAGAGGUUGGAGUCGGUGGCUCCUCUGCCCCCGAAGCUUCUGGGGCUGUAGAGGUGGUCCGACCUCCAGUGUCUGGACCCUGGGAUUAUGCCCUGCUCUCUGGAAUCAGUUCUUCAGUGAAGAGGGUUCCCAGUCUGCUGCCAGAUAAUGAGAAUGAUCUCCCUCCUCUGCUAAUCACCACUGCAGAGGAUGAAGCAGGAGAUGUUUUGGUUGAGGAAAGUCCCGCCCCGUGUCAGAUUCUGCACCUGUUAGAGGAGGGAGGACCCCGACCUCUGACAUUUGUUCUGAACGCCAACCUGCUCGUUAAUGUCAAACUGGUUACAUACUGCAGUCGGCAAUGCUGGUGUUUUGGCUCUAAUGGGAUGCAGGCUCUGGGACAGAGAGAGUUGGUGUUUCUGUUGGAGUGUUUGACAGAAGAAAAAGCUCUUCCAAAAGACCUCUUCACACUCUAUCUCAACAUUUACCAAGAAGCCCAAAAAGGGAAGUUUUUAGAGGAGCUGGAUAAUGUGACGUUCACGAGCAGUUUUCUGGGCAGUAAGGACCACGCUGGGAUGCUCUUCUUCUCUCCCACCUGUCAGCCUCUAGAUGGCCUCACUCUCCCCCCUCAGCCCUUCCUGUUUGGCCUGCUUAUCCAGAAGCUGGAGGUGCCCUGGGCCAAAGUCUUCCCGCUCAGGCUGCUUCUACGGCUCGGGGCUGAAUACAGUGUGUAUCCCACUACAUUGACAAGUGUCCGUUUUCGGGACUCUGUGUAUCGAGAGACAGGACACACCAUUAUGAAUUUACUGGCUGACCUGAGGAACUACCAGUACAGUCUGUCAGUUGUGGAGGGCCUGAGGAUCCACAUGGAGAUGGGCCACAGCUACAUUGACAUUCCCAAAAGUAGCUUCAAUGAGAUGCAGAAGGUGAUAAAUGCAUCCAACGAGCACGUCAUCAGCAUUGGAGCACGUUUCAGCUCGGAGGCUGACUCUCACCUGGUGUGUUUCCAGAAUGAGGAGGGAAACUAUCAGACCCAGGCCAACAGCAUGCCUGGGAAGACCCGCACAGUGACUGGAGCCAGUUUUGUGGUGUUCAAUGGAGCCUUGAAAGCCUCCUCAGGCUUCAUUGCCAAGUCCAGCAUUGUUGAAGAUGGGUUGAUGGUGCAAAUCCCUCCAGAGACCAUGGAGUCUCUGCGCAGUGCCCUGAGGGAGCAGACAGACUUCCACAUACCCUGCGGCAGGAAUGACGGAGGGGAGCUCAGAGAAAACGUCACUGUCCGCUGGGUCGACUGGAGUUCACCUGUCAACACAGGUAAAACUAGUGGGGUUGAUGGGAGGCCUCUGGACGGAGUCCGCAGUGUGAGGGUGCAGCAGGACACUGAGUUUGAGUCGGACGGAUGCACCAUCUGGUGCACUGAGGUGUUCUACCAGCUCAAGACUCCAGACUGCAGCCUCGUGUCAGUGCUGUCGUCCUGCAGCGUGUUUCAGAGGGAGAUGGCUUUGGCCACCUGCAGCGCUCUGACUCCUCACCUCGCUGUUCUCACCUCCAGUGGCAUCAACUCGCUCUCUCUUCGCAUCUCUACACAGGCUGAUAUGGUGGAGUACCAGGCUGGCUCCGGAGGCAGGCUCCUCCCUCAGCGCUACAUGAACGAGCUGGACAGCGCUCUGAUCCCCGUCAUCCAUGGAGGUAGCGCUAGUGUGCCACAGACUGCCAUGGACAUGGAGUUCAUCUUCUACAUCACACACACUAUCUAAUGCACAUGCAGACCACGACACACUUCCAACUCAAAGUAUUGAACAAAGAUCCACUUAAGAGAAGGUGGUUGAGCACAGAAAGAGAAGCUGUUGAUUGUGGCAGGACAUGCUAACGCAACAGCUCAUUUUGCAAAGUCGGACAUGCAGCCAGUCACAGAGGACGAGUAGCAGCUGGCACAACAUUCCCACUCUGAGGUUGGGGAUGUAUUUUGGAGGGAUGUAAACUGAUAUGAUAUAUUGGUUUUCUGUUAAGGAACUGUUGUGUGUUUGUGUGUUUCGUGCUCACCAAAGCUGCUUUAACACAAGAAGCCAAACACUAAACAAGGAAUACGACAACAUGACCAAAUACAACCAAACUAUUCUUUCUUCUGCUCUGCCUUCCAGGCUCCCUGCUGGCCUCCGUCAGCUCGGAGCACCUCAGUGAAUGUUUCCCACAGACACUCUAUCGAAAUGUCUCCUUUGGAUGUAUUUAUUAUAUUUUAAUAUGGGCUCAUUGAAUGAAAUGAUGAUAUUAAAGCAAGGUACAUUACUGACUGCAGUAUUCAGUACUUCAGAGGUGAUACAUGCGAUCAGGUGCUACUGUAUAGUCACUUACGUAGCUAGCCCGCUCUAAAAAAACGCAGGGAUGAAAAGAAAUCACAUCUCAUUUCCUCUCAAGGUACUAUGCUUUCAUUUCAUGAGCUGGUUUAUGAUGAUACUGCACAGGAAAACAUUGGGCCUCAUGCAAGAAUAUUCUUAUCCUAAACUUCUGACUUUUUUUUCCAAGUCAGGUUCACCGAACUCCGCACAAACGUAUCUCAUUUCAUCCUGAUGAAUCACACCUGUUCAUCAGGAGGUGUACAUUUGUGACAUGUGAUCGUUAGCGUAAUCCACGCCCCCAAAUUGCUAUAUAAGGGGACCUGUUCUGCUCCAUUUGUGGACAAGUUUCAUAAAGAAAAAAGAAGAACAUCAGAAAUCGGCAGAAAACACGACAUACUUAGCAAUGCCGAAACUAUUCCAAGAUCUUAAUACAGCUGCCAAUACUGUGUCAUCAGAGUGGAGCUGUACUGUGACAGAAAUAAAGAAAGACAUGAAGUUAGAUGCUAAAAAAUGUCGACAUGACAGUCAUGGAGAAGGAUGAGAGAAUAUUACACAGGUGUUGUUACACUGUCGGGUGUCACAACAGAGGAUGUUGAAGAAAAAAGAAAAGUUGUCAACCCUUUCAUGUAAAUUGACAGCCAUGAUGAUGGCGAUGUGGUGAGAAGAAUAGUAAUUUUGCAAUUUUUGUAGUUUUUGGCAAGAUAUUUUAUCUCAGAAGAGGGACCUGAGGAAGAUCUUGAAACGUUGCCUUGAAAAGAGAAUUAAACUAUUUAUAUACAGUGUGCAGACGUUUCUCCUUUGUGCCCUGCAAACAUAUUUACACUCAGCAUUAUAAAUCUUAAAUCAAACAAGUAUUUUUCCCCUGGUGGAGAAGGGACGACUACCUGUACGUGACUCGUACAAGAAAAUUCUAAAUACAGAGAAAAUCUUUAAUCGCUCGUACCUGACCCUUAAGAACGAAUCUGUUCAUGCGAGUGUUUCUUGCACGAGGCCCAUUGUGUGUCAAUAACAGGUUUUGUGUUCAGAUGUAGCCACGGUUGGAGUUCACCGCCGGCUCAUCGCCACGUGUGGAUAAAUGUGGAGAGUGGCAAUCAGCCAUCCUGAGCUUCCUCUUCAUUCGCACGUUAUUUUGCUAAAAAGUGAAGGUGCCUGGUGUAUUCUGGAGUUUCAGCUGCAGUCAGGGUUGGAAGUGAACUUCCUGUCCUGUCGAUCAUUUUUGCCGUUAUUCUCCUUUUCGUUACCUUUGGUCUCUGCCAAGAUGCUUCUGCUAUACUUUUAUUGUCUAAACGUUCUUAAUUUUUGAACGAGCAGCUGUUAGUUCAUGAGUAGCAUGGCGUCCCCUUUCAGUGCUGACUAGUAUUAUCCAGCUCAAAUACCAAUGAUUUUUCUUCACUUCAAGAGAUUUUACGUGUCUGCUUCAGUUUUUGUGUCUCAGUUAAAUGAUCAGGUUUUGCACAGCUGAUGGGAUCUUUCCGUCACAUUUUAUGACUCUUUAAGCAUUUUGAAAGUCAUCUCACACCUUUUUUUGAUCCUUAAGGUGUAGAGAUGAUAAAUGUACAGGCUUUUUGAAAACUUUUAAAUGAAUGGUUUGACAUUUUGGGGAAAUACGCUAAUUCGCUUUCUUGCCAAGAGAAGAGAAGACCGAUACGACUCUCAUAUCUGUCGGUUAAAUAUAAAACUACAGCCAAGCAGCUGCUUAGCUUAGCAUAGCAUAAAGACUAAAAACAGAGAGAAACAGCUGGCCUGGGUCUAUCCAAAGGUAACAAAAUCUGCCUACCAGCACCUCUAAAGCUCUACAAUGAGCAUGGUAUAUGUGGUUUGUUUCAUUUGAACAAAAACUGAAGUGCGAGAACAACAAGUUACGGAAAUAGUCCAACACAAAACCUCCCGUAAAACCACAACUUGUCGUUUUUAUGCUUCGGUUUUUGUACAAAUUGUACAAAUUAAAGCGAAUAAGCAGAUUUCCCAAAAUAUUGAACAAAUAGCUUAAACCAUUAGUUGUGGGUGCCCUGAACCCAGCAGCAGUCUGCUCAGGUGCUGUUUGGAGCAGAAACCCACAAAGUAUUUUACCACACAGUGAAAAGCAUCAGACCGGUUUAAUGUUUUGAAUAUAUUUAAUGUAUUUUCACAGCAGCUUUAAGGCACUUUAGAACCAUUAAAACAGCAGACAGCUCUGAGGCUUUUCAGCGUGUGGGUGUACAGCAAGCGUCUUGUAGGUUUGUAACCAGGUCAACAGGUGAAUCACGACGGGGAUAACGUCGCCUUUUUUUUUUUUUUUCUUCUUCACCAGCUUCUCAUCUUUUCCACAAAAUUUAAAGCUACAUCAGAACUGCCAAUUUCCUCAUACGAGUGCUGUGGUUAAAGGUCUUGUGGUUGAUAAAUACGCAGAGAGCGUCCAUCCCUGUAAAAUGCAACCAGGUUAGCAUGUACUGUUUCAAGUAGCUUUGUGCAGUGUUUCACAUCUCGUCUCACUUCGUUCCUGUCAGGAAUGUUUCAGUCGGCUUUGUCCAAAUGUACAAAAGAUAAACUGUAUGCAUAGAGUUUUUUUUUUGUUUUGUUUUGUUUUUUUAAUAAUGAAGAGUUAUUUUUGGAAUCAUUGGUAUAAAAGUUUUAACAAACAGAGUAAGAGUUCAUAUUUUUGAUAGGACAUAGGCUACGUUAAUUUUGCAGUUUGUGUAGCAGGUUCCAUGAGCACUGAGAGGAAAAAAAAAAAACACUAACUUCGCAGUUAAUUCCAGAAAUAAACAAAUAUAAUAUAUAUAAUUUUGUCAUAUGGUGGAAAAUAUCUAAUCUCAAAAUGCAAUGCAUAAAGGUGAAUGUGCAGGUAAAGGUGGAAAAAAUCUGAAGCUUUACACCAGCCGUCAGCUUUGACCUGUUCUACGACUCAUGUUAACUUUCUUUAGCCAAUACAGAUUACAUGUUAUUUACUUCUGAUGUUGAUUUCAAAAUGUCUUAAUGUUCAGAGAUGAGACAUUUGAUAUUUAGUGGCCAUUGCUGAGUAAUAAAUCUCAAUUUAAAUAAUCAACAACACAUUAUUUUCAUCUUUUCAUCAUAUAAAAUGAGAGAAUGCAGCUGGUAACCCAGGAGGGAGCUGUUUUUGUGACUUAUAAACCUCCACAUUUAGUUAAGCUAAUUCAGUCAUGUUAUGAAUUAGUUAAUUGCGUAGGUGUAGUAUUCCUCGGGUCAGCAGGUCAUUAAGGUGGUUUGAUUUAAGAGGCAAAUUGCAGCUCUGUAUUAUCAGCAGGUUUGUACAGAGCAGGUACAAUGCGAAUGUUGUUUAUUUUUUCGUACCAGUCAGUUUACGACUGACUGGUACAAAAAAAUUAAUUAAAUGAAUAAAUUUCUUCUCAGAGAAAAUGUUGAGCUGGCGAUUUUAUGUCACCUGUAUUACCUGUCCCCACAUAAGACAUGUUUAGUAAACACCAGAAAGGCCUACCGCCGUAACUGACUGCUGUUUUGAUUUUAGCCAUGCUAGCGGCGUUGCUCCAGAGAUGGCAGUGCUUGUCUGUCUGUCUGUCGGUCCACCACUUUGGUGCAGACUGAAAUCUGUCGGAUCAAUUGCUAUAAGAUUUUAUACAGACAUUCAUGUUCCCCAGAGGAUGAAGCCUACUCACUUUGGUGAUCCUCUGACUCUUCCUCUAGCGCCACCAGCACGUCAGACUUUUCACACAUCAAGAGAAAUAGCUCAACAUCUACUGGAUGGAUAUUAGCAGUAUAUGAACAUUUAGAAGUAGUUUAUAACACACUAUAAUGUAGUUGUAAGCAGAUAUAAGGACAUUUCUGGCGAUUAUUAAUGUACAGAGUUUGUCGGCAAUUGUAACUUCUCCUAUGAAGACAUAUCGAUAUUAUUACAACUGUGUUUUACUAUAUUGUCAUUCAUUAUCUGUUCAUACAGCAGCCUUUAGAUGUGUUCAUUACAUUUACGAACAGCCUCCACGUACGGGUGUGCACAGGAGAAGUUAUCGUUGUUGAUGAAUACAUUAAACACAUAUCUUCUUACAACAUUAUAGUGUGUUGUGAACCAUUGAUUAAAUGUUUAUAUACUGCUUAUAAAUGCUCAAUAUGGGGAUAGGGGAGUGUAAGUUCCCAAUCACUUUGGGGAUCCUCUGACUUUUCAUCUAGCGCCAUCAUCAGGUCAACAUUAAAGUUUGUCCCAUACUUUGGUUUAUGACCAAAUACCUGCAAAACUAAUGACAUUCCCAUCAGUAUGGUACUAAUUAGCAAAUGUUAGCAUGCUAACAUGUCAGCAAACGAAGAUGGUGAACAUGGUAAAUAUUAUACCUGCUAAUCAUCAAUCAAACUUUAUUUCUUUAGCACCUUCCAACAACCGAAACUGAACCAAAGUGCUGUACAACAUUAAAAACAAGAUAAAAAAUAAUAUUAAUGAUAAUAACAAAUAAUAAUAAAAGUGCAAUCAUCAGCAUGCUAGCAUGCUGACGUUAGCAUUUAGCUCAAAGCACUGCUGUGGCAAUAAGUACAGCCUCACAGGGCAGCUAGCGUGGCUGUAGACCUCACAUCUUCGUUCAUUUUCACAAACCAGCGUUUAGGCUUUUGAAUCCCAUAAGUUUGAUAAUAACUUAGACUCGUACAUCCUCUUAGUCUACCCACAGUCACAGGCUUUGGGAAAAAAUAACAUUAGCGUAACCGUCUUUGUCCAACCUCCACAGUCGGGAUGUGAAAGUGCUGUGUGGAGAAGCUAAUUACUUGCUAGCUAAAUCAUCAUACUCAGUGAUACCAUCAUUAAAUAAUAAUCAGA